AUGCACUGCCCACUGCCCCUCCUUCAUUCAUGGUCGCCCUGCUGCCAUCCUGCACCACCCCGUGACUUGACCACUCCCCUGACCAAAUCUUCCCAAAACGUGCCACCUCCGAUUUUCUUUCCCUCCCAUUCUCCCUCUUCCCCUCUCUCUCUCUCUCUCUAUCCCGCCCUCCCUCUCUUUCUCUCUUCCUCUCUCAUUUCCUCCCUACCUCCCAACUUCCCCCCCUCCAUCCCUCCUCCCAGCCUCCCUCCACUGCAGCCCUACCUUUCAACACUUAUCUCCACCGCUCCUCUCCACUGCUCUCGCCACUGCUCCCUCGCACCAAAUUCCAUUACCCCUACUGUGCCCCUAUUCCAUUCACCGCUUCCCCUCACUUCCUCCCUUCACCUCCUCCUUCACCUUCCCUUUCCCCUCAUCCCUUCCCAUCUCUCCUUCGCCUCCUCCCUUCCCCUCCUCCCUUCCCCUCCUCCCUUCCCCUUCUUCCUUCCUCCUCCCUUCCCCUCCUCCCUUCCCCUUCUUCCUUCCUCCUCCCUUCCCCUCCUCCCUUCCCCUUCUUUCUUCCCCUCCUCCCUUCACCUCCUCCCUUCCCCUCCUUCCUUCCCCUCCUCCCUUCCCCUCCUCCCAACCCCUCCUUCUUCCCCUCCUCCAUUCCGCUCCUCCCGUUGCCUACUCCCUUCCCCCUCCGCCCUUCACAGCUUGCCAAAGAAUUACCCAGCAACUUUUUCUGCAGCGCAGCAGCAGCCACACUUUUGCGACGCCUAA